AUGUCCGUUAAUUCUCAUCCUAUGGCAGUUCCUCAUGAAGAGGAGGAAAUUCUGACUUAUUUCCUUGAUGUCCGGUCGUUUUUGUCAAAGAUGAAACAGAAUAGAUCUCAAUUCCUUAACUCUAAGGAUGUUAUGGACACUUAUCAGAAAGUGUUGACAAAAGUCAGGGAGUUGGAUGAAUUGCGUAAGAAUUCGCAUGCUACUCCUUCAAAUUCUGCCACUACGCUGAUUCAUAGUUCGGAAUUGCACAAUAGAGUCGAUUCUGUUAUCGAUGAUGUUUUCCAGUUAUUGUCAUUGAGUUUCUUGACCGUUGGUUUGAAAAAUUCAGCUCCAGCAACUUAUGCUUCGCUCUCGACCGUGCAGAGCUUGUUGGAACAUUUAAACGAAUCGAACGUUUAUACCCAUCACGACUUAAGACCUAUUAAAGAGAGACUUAAUGAGGUCAGUGCCAUCGUGGAACAAAACAAGUAUGUUAGUAAUAGCGACACUCAGAGCGUAAAUGCAGAUGCAGAUGAUAUAGGAGAAUUUGCUUUGCAGAAAGAUGAAGAGUUGAACAAGAAUAAGAUCGAAGAAGAUCUGUUGUUAAGAGCCAAGCUAAAGCAUUGUAUCGACGAAUAUAACGCCAUCGAGUCGAAGUUAGAAGAGAUCCAUCCGGACUUGCAAUCUACCAUGGAGGCAUUGUUCCAAAUUAGAAGAGGUCUACUGUCACUGGCAUCUUCUACAAAGAGGCCUCAUCAGAAGCAAUUGGUACCGGAUCCGGCUGUUCUUUCGGUGGAAAGUGAGGCAUCGGAAAAGAAGAAUGUGUUACCAGAUCAAGUGAUCGAUGAAAAAUUGAAACAGCUACAAGAACAAUUGGAGAAGUUAGAAUCUCAUCGUGAUAUCAACGGGAAGUUCAAAUCUUUGGAGACCGAUAAAGUCGAAGAAAAAGGCCAAAACGUUCUAAACGGUUUAUUAGACGAUUGUCAUGAUUUGGUAAAUGAUUUGUCCCAUCAAAAGGAUGGUGGUAUCUCUCUCGACACCAAGUUGCAACCUAUCUAUGAUCAACUAGUGGACAUCAAGACUACUUUGGAAAAUUUGUUAGUAACCAGAAGAUGGACUCUAAGAGAAACUGAUCUUUUCACAUACCAAAAGAAACUAGGAGAAAUCGAUAACUUGAGAGUUAACGGUAAAUUCCCAACGGACCACCCUGAUUCUAAGGGCCAAUCGAUUUUGUUGUACUUAUUGCGUAGGUGCUACGCCAUCAUUUAUAAACUCUUAGAAUCAUCUGAACCGGUAUCUGAAUCUUUGCAAAGAGUUCAUAACCAAUUGUCAACAGUACGCAGAUGCCUAUUAGAAUUGAAAAGAAUGGGUGGUGUAGACAACGACCGCGAAUUGUAUCCAUACCAGAUGAAGCUAGCGUCCUUGGACAAUAUGCGUGUUGAUGGUAAAUUCUACGAUACAGAUGGUAAUAUCCCUGAAGGUCAAGGUACUCUAAACGCCUUGCUUGCCGAAUGUUUCGAUAUCAUUCAUGAAUUGAAGAUCGAAGCUGAGGAAAGAGUAGAAGAAAGAGUGGAUAUACAUGAUGACGGUGAAGAAUCAGUGGAAAUGACAAAGGAUCCAACCAUGAGAGACGUCCAAGAACGGCCAACUGCGAGAUACAUGGACGUGUACGCUCAUGAUGACGAAGGUAAUGAUGAUGACGAUGAAGAUGAUGCUGAUGAUAACAACUUUAGUGAACAUAGUUACGACGAAGAAGAGUAUACAACUACCAGUUACGCGGAUGAUUAG